UCGCUUAAUUAACCAGUUGAAAUUAUAUCAACUUGAUCGUCUUGCUACUCGUUUCAGUAUAACGAACGUAUUUUUGAUAUUCAGUUGUUACAAUGUAAUGGAUUCAAAGUUAAAAAUAUUAUUGUGUUAAAAAGUGAACGUUUCAUCGAGGUGCCCAGUCGCAUGUUCAAAUAUUUUCAAUUUUCAAAUUAAUUCUGUUGACCUUGUUUGUGUCCAGCAAUUUGGUCAAUAUACUUACCUAUUAUAUCUACGACGAGUGUUUGUAAAAGUUUCAACUGUGAAUCUCCAAACUUACGUACUUUACUUAUACAACAUGGUCGAUACACCGGUAAAUCAUGAUAGGCUCCGUCAUCAGGAUGGUGAGUCCAGAGUCCGCAGAAGCCCUCCUACUCAAAAAGCUCAAACACAAAGUGGGAAGAAAGCCGAUGAAAAACCGCAGGAGAAAAAAGGGAUUCAUUUUACCGACACAAAAUUUUCUUUUUUUGAACCGAAUGGAAAUCCAACUCAACCAAAGGCCGGAUCUGCCGAACAAAAGAUUCACGAAGCGCAGAGAGCAAUUGCAACCACUAUUCGAGAUUUUCAUGGCAGAGUUCACAAAUACAUAGAUGGUUCUAAAUCGCAAGCCGACUUGGAAGAAAACGGUUGUAAUGAAGACUUUGUUAAAUUCAUAAAAGGCAAAGCAAUCGCCAAUAGCAAAGUAACCGUGGUGGUUUCUGGAAAUGAAGCUGUUGUUGGCUUUUCAGGAAAUAAUUCACCUUCCGUCAUAUCUUACUACAAUGGAGGAGUACUCGUGCAUGAUUUUCAAUACCAGAAUUUUGAUUUAAAACCUUGUUGGCCUAAGAACCCGAAAAAUUCCGUUUCCAUCGAUCUCGAUACGUAUACAAAGGAAGUACUCGAGCAUUAUCGAAGUAAAUCUUCAGAGAUUAUAAAAUCGAUUAAUAAGUACUUGGAGAAUAACAAACAGGGGCUUGAGAAAUACUUCGAAGAGGGCGGUUUUCUCUCGGCCUUUGAAAAAGAAUUUGAUGAAUAUAUUAAACGUAAAGAGGCAAAAUUUACUCCUUCGCCUUCUUUAAAACAGAAAUUCGAUGAUUUACCAUUGAAGUAUAUGCAACAGUCUUGCAAAGUGGUGUAUAACUUUUUCAACGUACCUUCAAGCGAGUUCACUAAAUUUAUUGAGAAAUCUCGCGAACUCGAAGAAUCAAAUCAGAAAGAGAAACCAAGUGAUUAUUUUUUUUCUGGUAAAUUUAUUAACGAAUAUUCAUCUCCAUCGAGCCUAAACAAGAACAAAAUCCAAGUCUCAAAUCUCAAAAGUGAAUUACAAAAAGAAAAGGAUAUACAGAAAAAACACUUGAAAGCAAUUUCAAUAUUUCAAGCUGAAUUGCAAAAUUAUAUCAAGGAGUUGGAAGAACUCAAGAAGAAAAAUACACCCGAAUCACCAGUAAAUUUUAAAAGCUUCCGCAGGUCUAAGGAAUUAAAAAGCAGCAUUGAACAAUUAGACAGCUCAUACAAAGAGGUUCUCGAAUAUUUAUUAGAUUUUGUCAAUAAAGCACCUUUUGAACCAUGGUCUCCCACCAAUUGUGCUGAAAAUCACGCAGUCAAGGCGUUUGAAAACAGACGAAUUUUGUUCUAUUUGUUUCAAAAAAGGGUCGGAAAAACAACAGAUCCUCUUUUCAUGAUGACGUAUGAAUUCAGAAGAAGCGGUAUUAAUUUUAAACAACCGUUUUCAAACUUGGAAGUUAACUUGGAUCCGGUACUUCGAUGUGGUCAAUGUACAUGUGCGCAGUCAGAGAUUGAAAUUGGUGGCGUGAAAACAAAAAUGCAAAUUUUGACUGAUAUUACCCAAAAUGUAGCCCAAUCAAGUUCUGAACCUGAAAUUGUUCAGGCAUAUCGUAAAUUACGAUUCAACUCGAAUUCAGAACCUCCUGCAAACAGACCCAGACAAAAGAGGUCAGUAGCUCACGCAUCUAUCGAUUCUGAUAAAGAUUUUGGAAUUGAUGAUGCUAAUGAAAAACACUUUGUUUCAACAGUGCAGAAAAAUAAUGCAGAAAACUCGUCGAACAUCGGAGUUCAUUCUGGUGAUUCGGGGAUAAACGCUUGGUAUACCUGGUUGCAAAAUUCUGUUUAUAAAUACCUCGGGGAUUCCUCCGCUGGACAAAAUAAAACUUCAUUCGACUCCAGUAAAUCUCUACUUGGAGCAGGGUAUGAUACAAAUGGCACGCUCUUACUGGCAGAUUUAUUGAUUAGAAAUGCUACCGGGAGAAAAUUCGCUAGAUCGAAGAAUCACGUCGAAUUAUCGCCUUUGGAAGUGCAAGGCGAUGCUAUAAGUAUUGUAUCUCAAUUUGAAAACUUAUUGAAGAAAGCUGCUGUAGAAUCGGGCAUACGAGUGAAAGAUGUGAACUUCGAUCCAAUCGAAGUGCAGACUAUGGUCAUCGAUCAAUUAAGGAAGGGGCGAUUUUCCAAAAUAUCGCAAGUAUUGUAUUCGUACGUGAGUGCGAAUACAGAUUUUAAUCACGACGCUGAAUUUUUGAACAAUUUGAAGCAUCGUUUGGAGAAAUCCUUCGAUGUGAAAUCUAUACCGAAAAAGAUGACCGUGCAGUGAAGAUUUUUACGAAUAAGUAGGUACAGAAAGUUGAUUUAAAUUCAAGUGUUGGAUCUGACAGCGUAGCAUUUUCUAAGAUAAAUUAACUAUGAAUAAUUGAGCUCAUCAGAAUGGGUAUAAUUAUGAUGUAAGGGCAUUAAUAAUCGUUAUUCGUUUAAUAUUCAAUAUCAGGAAGGUACUCGUAUUUUCUAAUAGAUUUUAUUUCAGUUUAUUUAUUUAUUUAUAAAAAAUGAUCUUAAAUAUAUACCUACUCGUAUUA